AUGUGUCUUAGCCAAACAUUGAAUGGGAGAGAAAAGAUGAGCACAGCUACUACCACAGAGCUAUCUUAUCAUCAUCUCACACCAAAAGACCUUCCAACAGAGAACUCACCCACCUCCAAAUUCUCCCAAAAGACAAUCCUAAAUCUCUUGAAUACCAAAUGCACCACUUCUCUCCAACAUCUCAAGCAAGCUCACUCCUUGAUUCUCAAGACUAGCCAUUUCAAAGACCAUUACAUAGCAGGGUCUUUAGUGAAGUGCUAUGCAAAUCCUCAUUUUGACAGCCUAGACUGUUCCACACAAGUUUUCAAUCAUGUCAAAAACCCAAAUGUUUUUGUAUGGAAUACAAUGAUCAAAGCAUUUCUAGACAAUAACCAGCCCUGUAAUGCCAUCUCUUUUUAUUAUAAGAUGGUGGUUUCAAAUUCUAAGGCUAAUAAGUACACAUACCCUCCAUUGUUGAAGGCUUGUACCCAAUUGCAAGCUGUUGAAGAAGGGGUACAAGUACAUGCCCAAUUGGUGAAACACGGAUUAAGAGGAGAUAGGCACAUAAAGAGUACUGGAAUUCAGAUGUAUGUAUCAUUUGGGCGACUUUUGGAUGCCCGGAACUUGUUUGAUGAAAGUGGUGAAUCAGAUGUUGUGUGUUGGAAUGCUAUGAUUGAUGGGUACAUGAAAUGUGGGAAUGUAGAAGCAGCCAAAAGGUUGUUUGGGCAUAUGACAGACAAGAACAUUGGCACUUGGAACACAAUGAUCAGUGGUUUCGCUAGGCAUGGGAUGAUUGAAGAGGCGAGAGAGAGUUUUAAUCAAAUGCCCGAAAAGGAUGAUAUAUCUUGGAGUGCGAUUAUUGACGGUUGCAAUAACGGAGGAUAUUUCAAGGAGGCUUUGGAAAUUUUCCAUGAGAUGCGGAGGGAGAAAAUUAGACCGAGAAAAUUUGUUUUGUCGAGUGUGCUAGCUUCGUGUUCCAAUGUGGCAGCUCUUGACCAAGGCAGAUGGAUACAUACAUACAUAGAAAGGAAUUCAAUUCCAUUGGAUGCCGUGUUAGGGACUUCCUUGAUUGACAUGUAUGCUCAGUGUGGGAGUAUUCACUUGGCAUGGGAGGUUUUUGAGAAGAUGAAACAGAAAGAAGUGUACACUUGGAAUGCCAUGAUUGGAGGACUUGCUAUGCAUGGUCACGCAGAGGAUGCAAUUGGGCUUUUCUGCAAGAUGAAGAGGGAAAAUUUGAAGCCGAAUGAUAUCACUUUUGUGGGUAUUCUAAAUGCUUGUGCUCACUCCGGUUUGGUUGAUGAAGGGCUAAAAUAUCUAAAUUCUAUGAAACAAAUUUAUGGAGCUGAGCCUAAAGUAGAGCACUAUGGUUGUGUAGUUGACAUCCUUGGAAGGGUAGGGCUCUUGACUGAAGCAGAGGAACUAAUAAAUUCUAUGCCAAUGGAACCCAAUGCAGCAGUUUGGGGAGCACUUUUGGGUGCUUGUAGGAAACAUGGAAAUGUUGAGUUAGGUCAGAGAGUUGGGAAAAUUUUGCUUGAGUUGGAGCCACAAAACAGUGGCCGCUAUGCUUUGUUAUCGAACAUCUAUGCCAAGGCCGGGAGGUGGGAAGACGUAGCAAAUGUGAGAAAGCUAAUGAAGGAAAGAGGAGUAAAAACGAGUACCGCAAGAAGCACAAUUAAUCUGGAUGGAAGAGUUCAAGAAUUAAAAGUGGGAGAUGGGUCACACCCACAGAUGCAGGAAAUCUACUUGAUGUUGGAAAGAAUCAUUGAAAGGCUGAAAUUGGAAGGGUAUUUUCCAAACACAUCCCAAGUUUUGUUCGAUAUCAAUGAGGAGGAGAAGGAAACUGCACUUGGGUAUCACAGUGAGAAGCUUGCAAUUGCUUUUGGGCUUCUUGAAACAAAGCCAGGUACAACCAUCCGCGUAGUGAAGAACCUUAGAGUUUGCGAUGACUGCCACUCUGCAACAAAGCUCAUUUCAAAGAUUUACAACCGGGAGAUUAUUGUGAGGGAUCGAGUGCGGUAUCAUCAUUUUAAGAAUGGAACUUGUUCCUGCCAGGAUUUUUGGUAGUUUCCGGACAGGACAGAAGAAUGACUAAGGAAUACCAGAUGAUGAUGACAACUUAAUCUACAUUUUAACUGGAAGAAAAUAUGCAAAACCCUCAAGGCCUCAACAUCAUUACUCAGACCUGCCUAGAUCUUGGCAGAGCAGGUUAGGUUAUUAUUUGUUGAAGUACGAGAAAUUUGAUUUUGCAGUGGAAAUAGCAGCCUUAUUGUUGAUUAGAGGUUCACAGAUCUAAAAUGAAGAAUCCCAAUUUUCUAUAUUCUUCCAUGGUUAAUAUUGUUUCUUAUAUGGGUUAAAAUAGUUGUAUAAUUUUGGCACUAAUGUUGGAAAAUAGUUGAAAAA